AUGGCCGGCGCUAAGAAGUCGACCAAGAAGUUCGAGAAGAAGCAUCUCAAAGAUAUUCUCGAGCGACGCAAGGCUUCGGCCAAGAUCAAGCAGCGCCACCACCUCAACGACAAGCGCAAGGCCCAGAAUGCCAGCCGCCGGGAUGCCGAAGAUGAGGAGGAGUCUGAUUCUGAGGAGGUUAAGAAGAAGAAUGCUUUUGCAGAGAUGAAAGUUGAUGACUUCUUCGCUGGUGGCUUUGACAUUGCUGAUGCGCCCGAAGGCAAGAAGAAGGCCAGCAAGAAGGAUGUUACUCCCAAGAUUGGAAAGCGCAAGCGUACCGACAACCAGGAGCAGGAGGAGGCCGGCGAAGACAGUGCUGCCAGCGAUAACGAUGAGGAAAACUCCAGCGAUGCCAAUGCUUUCGAUGCGCACAAGGACCAGCUCGAGGCGUUGAAGGAAAAGGACCCCGAGUUCUACAAGUACCUGAAGGAGAACGAUGCAGAGCUACUCGACUUCGGCGCCAUGGGCGAUCUUUCAGAAGUGGAUGAGCUGAGCGAGGGAGAGGCCCCCGAGGAAGAAGGACCCGCUAAGAAGAAGAAGAAGGCCAAGAAGGGUGAAGGCGAGGACGAGGAAGAGGAGGUUAUCGACAACACCCUGACUAUCCCCAUGGUCAAGAAGUGGCAGACCUUGAUGGAGGAGCAACAUUCGAUCCGGGCUAUGCGCCAGACCGUUCUCGCCUUCCGUGCCGCCGCCUCUGUCAACGACGCUGAGGCUCCCGAGCAGAAAUACACCAUUUCCGACCCCAAUGUCUACCACCAGGUUCUCGUCACGGCGCUGAAUGUUGUUCCCAAGGUCCUUGGCCACCACCUCCCGGUCAAGGAGACUGCCUCUGGCAAGAUCCGAGUGUCUCUGGACUCGAAGAAGUUCAAGACCCUUACCCCUCUGAUCAAAUCAUACACUUCUUCCGUUCACCAGCUCCUGGUCAACCUGUCCGACGCCUCAACUCUGAAGUUGACCCUGUCGGCCAUGGAGCCCAUGCUUCCCUACCUGCUCCAAUUUCGCAAGGUCCUGAAGACCUUGAUCAAGACUGUUGUCGGUAUCUGGGCUGAUGUGUCUACCGCCGACGCUACUCGGAUCACAGCAUUCCUUUUGCUACGCCGCCUCAUGGUUUUGGGUGACCCCGGUAUCAAGGAGACCGUCCUCAAGGCUACGUACGAGGGUGUGGUCAAGGGCAGCCGCAACACUACCGUGCACACUCUGGCUGGUGUGAACUUGAUGAAGAACUCCGCCGCUGAGAUUUGGGGUAUCGACCAGAAUGUUGCGUACACGACAGGUUUCAGCUUCAUCCGGCAAUUGGCCAUGCAUCUUCGCAGCAGCAUCACCAACACCUCCAAGGAGUCAUACAAGACCAUCUACAACUGGCAAUACGUGCACUCUCUCGACUUCUGGUCGCGUGUUCUCUCCCAGCACUGCGAUGGCCUCGUCGAAGCUCAGGCUGGCAAGCAGUCUGCCCUCCGCCCGCUCAUCUACCCCGUCGUCCAGAUCACCCUCGGUGCCAUGCGUCUCAUCCCCACCGCACAGUACUUCCCUCUCCGCUUCCAGUUGACCCGUGCUCUGCUGCGUGUCUCCCGUGCCACCGGCACCUACAUUCCGCUUGCGUCCUCGCUCAUCGAGGUUCUUACCUCGGCCGAGAUGCGCAAGCCCCCCAAGUCCAGCACCCUCAAGCCCCUCGAGUUCCACACUGCUAUCCGCGCCCCCAAAUCCUACCUGCGCUCGCGCAUCUACCAGGACGGUGUCGGUGAACAAGUCACCGAGCUUUUGUCCGAGUUCUUCGUCCUGUGGUGCAAGCAUAUCGCUUUCCCCGAGCUGUCUGUCCCCGUUGUCGUUGCCCUCAAGCGCUGGCUGAAGCAGGUCUCCGCCCGCAACGGCGGCAACAAGAACGCCAAGAUCAACCAGAUGAUCCUGCUUCUUGUGCAGAAGGUCGAGGCGAAUGCUCGCUGGAUUGAGGAGCGCCGUCUGAACGUCUCUUAUACCCCCCGCCAACGGACUGAGGUUGAGAACUUCCUCAAGGAUGUCGAGUGGGAGUCUACACCGCUGGGUGCAUUCGUCAAUACGCAGCGUAAGUUGCGUGAGGAGCGUGCUGCUAUCGUUGAAGAGGGCCGUCUUGAGGAAGAGAAGCGUCGUGCCGAGGAUAAGAAGCGUGACGAGGAUGAGUUGAUGGAGGAGUUUGGUAGUGAUGAUGAUAGUGAUGAGGGUGAGGAUGAGGAGGAGAUGGAGAGUGAGGAUGAGAUUGAGGAAGAAGAUGAAGAGGUGGAUGAGGAUGAGCUGGAGAUGGAAGAGGAGUAG